AGUUCUUGAAAGUCGUUGUUGGUAAGGCUCUCACCAGGAAACCUACAAUAAAUCCUCAAUAUCCUGCUCGUUUACAUCUCCUAGUCUUUCUGUAUGGAUGGAUACAGAGACAGAAAAAUAUUCCAAUAUGAUAACGGCAACGGACGUUUUUGCAUACGAGAUCUUUCUUCAAAGCUUCACGAUGAUUGAGUCGUUUUUCUUCUACAGUGGUUUUAUGGUAAUGUAUUUGAGACAAAAACGUGGAAAAAUCUCUGCGAAGCACUAUAUCAUACCUUUAGUCAAGAAAGUUUUGAGUUUCAGUCUUCCGGUAUUCUUUGUUUUGGGCUUUGCAAUUCUUCUACCUCUACUCGGAGAUGGUCCUCAUUGGCAUGUAGUUGUUCAUCAAGCGGAAUACUUAGAAAACAAUUGGUGGAAGUAUAUCACUCAUGUUCAUAUUUAUACAGAAUUCGAACAGCAGAAAUUUUUAAACGUUACGUGGUUUAUGAGUGUGUUAUUGCAAUUGUCUAUCAUAACAUCAUUGCUAAUGUAUAUUAAAGACAGAUGGCCCCGAAGUGGAAAUCUGGUUAUAGUGUUAUUGAUGCUGACAGGAAUUAUCACACAUGCCGUUGAUGUGCUUUCAAACAGAUAUUAUGCAAUGUUUGGAGUACCCGCCGUUUCCGAAAAAACAUUCAAAUACAUCCGGCAUCAUUACAAUAAACCAUAUUAUUCCCAUCUCAGUACUUUUUGUUUUGGUGCAUUAAUUGGAGAUAUAUUAAACAAGAAGAAAGAAAUCACAUUUGAAAAAGUAUACUAAUUUUAUUUAAGUAUUCUAUAUUAUUUAGUUAUUAUUGUUGUUUGUUUUAAUAUAAGAAUAUUAUUUAUUAAAUGCUAUCUGUUUG